AUGCCUCUGUGCUACCUUCGAGAGUACUGUAUGAGAAAUCAGCGUCACAGCGGAUAUAUUGCGUUUACUGGUAGGAAUAUUACGCUCACGCUCAGAGAGUCCAGAACCCGAAAUACAGUGGACUGGCGCGUUUGGCUUGAGCAGGAUUGCAACCCAAUUUCCUUCUGGCACGACAUUCCUCUCUAUCCUGACGAGAAGAACAAUAAUAUUGUCAAUAUCUACGUAGAAAUCCUCCGAUGGACAGAUGCCAAGAUUGAGACGAAGCGCAAUAACCUUAUGAAUCCCAUCUAUCAUGACGACAAAGAUGCUGUUCCUCGAUACGUGGCUGGCAUUUGGCCGCAUAAAUCCUACCCGUUCCUUUACGGUUCACUUCCUCAGACCUGGGAGAACUCUAACAUUAAGCAUAACUUUACUGGAUAUCCUGGUGAUAAUGAUCCUAUGGAUGUGAAAGAUAUAAGUGCAACCGAUACCAAAACUGAACUGGGUUUAGCCAUCAACGAUCUAGAGGAAUAUCGACCUGACCUUAAGCAAACCUUUUAUGACUGGUUCGUCUGCUACAAAGUUCUUCGCAGUGGCAGUCUCAAUACUAUAUUUGGAGACAAAUUCCAAGACUCCAAUACGGCACGCGAAAUCGUUGGCGAAAGUCACGGCUUCUGGCAAGACCUUAUCAGCGGCAGAAAAGACGCCGGGAAGAUUAGCAAUUCGCAGACUUCGCAACCAAGCAUGUGUGAGAGUUAUAUCGCAAGCAAAGAUGCAAGCAAAGAGUUUGGCCUUCCGAAGAAAUCCAAGAUUGAACCUGCUGCGCUGAGGCCUGUGAAGUACGGUAAGUGGUUCUAUUUAGAUGAAAACUUUGAGGUAAUGCCGGAGCAGGAUAUUGAUGUUGAUUGA